AUGUCGUCAACUACAGCAGCUCGAGCUCUGGGUUUUGGAGCUUUAGGAGCAGGUGGCAUCACUGCAGGCAUCCAGAAGGUUGAAAACUUUGUGAAUAGCAUGUUUAUAGACGUGGUCACCCAGCAUCUUAAGAGUAUACAGGCAGAGAGGAAAUGGAAGCGGCCGAAAUUCAGUAGCUGCCUGAAUCAGACCAGCUGCAGACAGGUGGAGGGCCAUGUCGAGGAAGGAUUUUCCUUGAUUGAAGCUCACAAAUGGUGGAAAGCAGUACGUAGAGCAGACUGUGUGCUGUUUGGGUCUAAAGUUAAGAAUGAAAGCCGUAUGUUUCGAGUACAGUUCAGUGGAGAUUUGCAUAAGCAAGCACUGGAACACUGCUCUAACUGUGUGCAGAAGCUCCUUCAGUAUAUCGAUGUACAGAACCCUGAUGGCAAAAAUCAGAACCAAGCUCUACAGUUGAUUCAGCCAACAGACAUGAGCCACUCAGGAAGUUUGGAGCUAGAGGGACGAGGCACAGAGGAGGUGCAAACAGUAACACAAAGUACCCUUCUUGAGGGUAGGGUAUCUAUCAAACAACUGGCAAAGUCAAUGCUGGGAGCGGCAUCACCUAAGCUGCCAUUGGCCUACCAGCAAUCAGCAUUGAGCACAGAAGAGUUGGGUCCUUUCCUGCAACUCUGUCUUCUGGAUCAGAGUUUCCCAAUGUUUGUGGAACAGGUGGAGCAAGAACUGAAAAAGCUGAUAGAUGAGUGA